GCUUGGGAUCGGACUGGCUGUGGACAAGGCCCUCAGCAGAGUCAGCGUCCUCGGGGGUCUGGACGAACGUGGUGUGGAAUCUGCGGCGAGGAAUCGUGGAGCGUGGGAAGCCUGCCGCUCCGAAGGCCCGGUCGCGCUGCGUGGCGGGCUCUGACCCGCUGUUGCAGAUACAAACGGUCGGCGCGAGAAACGCGCCGGGGCGCGGGGUUGCGGCUGCCGGGAUUUGUUGCUGGCGGCUGGGCUGGUUGCAUAGGAACCCCUCCACACCCCUCCCUUUCGGAGUCCGCUUCUUGGCCCCGCGGCUGCUGGGGGAGCCUCGAGGAGCUGGCGAGGCUGCCCCUUAGACUGGGCUGAGUUCUCCUCUCUCUGAUGCCGUGACCGAGGCCCCGAGUGUGAGCGAUGACCAGGUGAAAUAUUAGAUUAUUUCAAAAGCUGGAGCUGAAUGUAAUGUUAAAUAAUGGCAACAGGCGACUUGAAGAGAAGCUUACGGAACCUAGAACAAAUGCUUCGCUCACUAAAUUAUCCUCAAGAAGUGGAUUGUGUAGGUUUGAUUAAGGGAGAUUUAGCAGCAUCUUUGCCCAUCAUCAGCUAUUCUCUUACCUCAUAUUCCCCUUAUGUAGCAGAACUUCUGAUGGAAUCCAAUGUAGAGCUCAUAGCAAAGAAUGACUUGCGCUUUAUAGAUACCGUCUAUAAGCUUCUUCGUGAUCAAUUUAAUUAUAAACCAAUCUUGACGAAAAAGCAGUUUCUCCAAUGUGGAUUUGCAGAAUGGAAAAUCCAAAUUAUUUGUGAUAUUUUGAAUUGUGUGAUGAAAAAGCACAAGGAGUUGAGUGGUCUUGAUAAGACUUCCUCACUACAAAGAAAGAAAGUCAAUUUUGUUAAGUCAGAACCUUGUUCAAGCAGCGAGAAGUCAUCUGCAGAAUCUGUUGGCAUUGAUAUCACUGGCAGGUUCAUGACUUCAGGAAAGAAGAAAGCUGUGGUGAUCCGUCACCUCUACAAUGAAGAUGGUGUGAGCAUUUCUGACAGUACAUUAAGUACAACGACAGAUGUGAGUGAAGCAUGUGCUGUGAGUGACUUAAAGGAUACUGAAAUAAAGACUCCUGAAGAAAAGAUCCCUGAAAUCAAGUCUGAGCAACAAGAUAUAAAAGCUAAUCCUGAGCUUACUGUACUACAGACUCUGCUUGCUGAAUGCCAAGAAAAGCUUAAGAAACUGACUCAGAUAGAGUGCAGAUUAAAUUCUUUAGAAGAAAAAAUGAAAGGAAAAGUGAUGGUAGAUGAAAAAACCUGGACCAAUCUAAUAAGUCGUGUCACUCUUCUUGAAACAGAAUUGCUUUUGUCCAAAAAGAAUGAUAACUAUUUUUACUAUGAUGAAAUGAAUGAAGACUGUGCUUCUGGUAGUAGCAGGAAUAUUCUGAAACUUGAUAACAGAUGCAAAGAGAAGGAAGUAGGUAUUCCUCUGACUUCCUGUUAUAGAACAACAUCUAGAGACUCAACUCCCAGAACCUCAACUCUUAAUUACUGUGGUCUGAAAGAGAUUUCAGAGGAAACAACAAUCCAGAAAAUGGAAAGGAUGAAAAAAAUGUUUGAAGAAACUGCAGAGUUACUGAAAGGUUCAAAUCACUCACUAUAGAAUUUUUCUACAUGAACUUUUCCAGGACUUUGGCUACUGUAUAUGUUGUAUAUUUUAAGAAUUCCCUAUAAAUUUUAAUAUACUGCAGUAUUUUUGUUAAGAAUUUUAAUUCCAUUUGGUAUAUGAGCUUUUUCAUACAAUAUUGAAUAAAUACUUAAGUAUUUUUGUGGUAUGAUUG